GAGCUUCUCCUUAAUGCAGGAUUAAGUUACCUCUGGGAAAAAAAUCAGGUACGUUUAAGAAAUAAGUAGCAAUCUCUCAAAGACUUUAAUGAUGAAAGUAUUUCCCCAAAUGAGCCCUGGGGUUUCUGGAAGGGGCGUGGUUGCUUCUGCCACGUUUACAUCACUAUCGGGCGAUGAACCUGUGGGGAAGGAAAAGGAAGGGCCAUUAUUCAUCAGAAGGCUGUUUACUGGACAGGCGCGUUAACGGAAUCACAAAGGCAACCUUGUACUUCUUGAUCAUCAGAUAGGCUGCAUCUGUCCCCUAUUGAAAAGGGUCCUCAAUAGGAAAAACUUGGGACACAGCCAUCCCAUAUCUUCCAAACAGAGGAAAGUCAUCGUGUGGAUGCUCUGUGGAUAAGAGUUGCUGUGUAAACAGUUCAGGGCUGGGGAGGAGGAAACUGCAUGGAAACCUGGAAAUUGUGUAACUCAGACCAAAAGCUGAAGUGUGAGGCCCUGCUGUGUGACCCCACCCCACCCCCGGCCGCCUGGGCAAUCAGAGGAAAGCCUCACGACCACACCUACAGGGCCCAUCGACUCCUUGAGGAUGCCACUGUCUCAUUUAAGGAGAUCCUGUUGGAAAGAAACUGCAGCAUGUCCUGGAGCAGCAGUGACUUCCGACCCUCUGCUGAAGUAUUUGGGAAGAAUGGAGUGUUGGAGGAACAGAAAUCUCCAAGAUUCAAGAAAAGAGAGACACAGGUGUACGUUGGCAAUCUCCCGCUGGAUAUCUCUGAGGAGGAAAUUUGGUGCCUUCUAAAGGACUUCAACCCUCUCCAUGUCCACAAAAUCCAGAAUGGCUGCAAAUGCUUCGCAUUUGUAGAUGUGGGCUCCAUGCAGAAAGUGGCGCUUGCGAUCCAGGAGCUGAAUGGGAAGCUCUUCCGCAAACGAAAACUGUACGUGAAUUCCAACAGAAGGUCUCCCAAGAGGACCCUUGAUGUGACUGAGUGGACCCAGGAACUGCUGGGUUUGGAGAAGACCUCUGGUCAAGGAUUUGCUAGAACCACUGCUUGUACACAGCUCGUUCCUAAAGCUUCUGUUGACCCCUGUAAGACAGAGAAACCGAGGACAAGCAUCUUUGCAGUUCCCAUGGAAAUGAGAGGGUCCUUCUUGGCGCUGCUCUUGAGAGAAUGCUUCCGAGACCUGGGCUGGCUGGCCACCAUCCACAGCGUCGGUGGGGACGUGGGGCUGUUGGUGACCAGUAUUGUCCCUCAGACCCCCUUCUUCUGGGCCAUGCAUGUCACGGAGACGCUGCACCAGAACAUGCAGGCGCUGUUCAGAGCCCUGGCCGAGGCAGAGGAGCAGCAGCCCUACCUGCACGACUCGGCUGUGCGGCGCGGGACCCGCUGUCUGGCCGAGUACCAGCUGGGUGAUUACGGAUGGGCCUGGAACAGGUGCUGGGUGCUGGACCGAGUGGACUCCUGGGCUGUUGUCACGUUCAUCGAUUUCGGCCAGUCGGCCACCAUCCCAGUGCAAUCCCUGCGCAGCCUGGAUAGUGACGAUUUCUGGACCAUCCCCCCCCUGGCUCAGCCAUUCAUGCUGGAGAAAGAUAUUUGGAGUUCAUAUCAGGUUAUCCAUCGCAUCCUCAAAGGGAAAAUCACUGGUGCUUUGAACUUGGAGUUGCACAUCCUGAAGUUUGAAGAGUUUAAAUAACAUGGCUACAAUCGGCACGUUUCUUCUCUUGUCUAGAUUCAGCCUGCUCUACCCUUUCACUCUUGAGGCCUUGGGGGUGAAAAAGGCCACAGCGGUGCCCAGGAUUGAUUGGAUUCCCCUUUGCCUUUCCCCCAGCUCACUCCUCAAUUUGUCAUGUGCCUUCCGUCGCCCAGCUCAGUGUGAACAUUUGAACCAAACAUGGGAAGCUUCCAUGAGGUUGAAAGUCUGAUGUAGCCAUUGUAUUCUUUCCUGUGUCUCUUCUUUGUACCCUCAGAGCAUGAUAUAAGUUGCCCUGACAGAUUCUGGAGAAUGGAGGGGCCCACUCUUUAAUUUUCCUGGCAUUCUGUCGUAGAAUCAGGUAGGGAGCACUUAAACAUUGAUGCAUCGCCUUGGUGAAUAAAUGUUGGCAUGCUUCA